CUUCCCCCCGGGCCGCUGUUGAAGGCGAGCACGUGCUCGGGGAAGGCGCUGGGCCGCCGGGCAAGGUCUGCGGAGCAGCAGCGCGGCUCAGGUGAUCUGCUCUGGAAAGCUGAAAGCCCUCUGGCCACCAGCCCGCGGCCACCCUUGACCCUGGCAGCAUCUUCAAAGGGAGCAUGGGCCUGCUGCGCAGCGUGCAAUGUUUGCUCACAGCCAGGGCCAGCAGCUACUGCCUGCCCGCCUCGGGGGGUUUCGUCAGCCUCCUGCAGCGCGCCGGGGGAGACCGCUCGGCCACUGCUGCUUGCACAAGGAACCCCCUCGUCAGGACUGCAGCCAUGGCCACCUCAGCGAGCUCCCACCUGAGCAAAGCCAUCAAGCACAUGUACAUGAAGCUGCCGCAGGGGGAGAAGGUGCAGGCCAUGUACAUCUGGAUCGACGGCACGGGGGAGCACCUCCGCUGCAAAACCCGCACGCUGGACCACGAGCCCAAGAGCCUGGAAGAUCUCCCUGAGUGGAAUUUCGAUGGCUCCAGCACCUACCAGUCCGAAGGCUCCAACAGUGACAUGUACCUGCGACCUGCUGCCAUGUUCCGGGACCCUUUCCGCAAGGACCCCAACAAACUCGUUCUCUGCGAGGUCUUCAAAUACAACCGCCAGUCUGCAGAGUCAAAUCUCCGGCACACCUGCAGGAGGAUUAUGGACAUGGUGUCCAACCAGCACCCCUGGUUUGGGAUGGAGCAGGAGUACACCCUCCUGGGGACAGAUGGACAUCCGUUUGGCUGGCCUUCCAAUGGCUUCCCUGGACCCCAAGGUCCGUAUUACUGCGGUGUGGGGGCAGACAAAGCCUAUGGCAGGGACAUUGUGGAGGCCCACUACCGAGCGUGCCUUUAUGCCGGCGUGAAAAUCGGAGGAACCAACGCAGAGGUGAUGCCAGCCCAGUGGGAGUUCCAGGUGGGACCAUGUGAAGGGAUUGAGAUGGGGGAUCACCUCUGGAUCGCGCGCUUCAUCCUGCACCGGGUGUGCGAGGACUUUGGGGUCGUGGUGUCCUUCGAUCCCAAACCCAUCCCUGGGAACUGGAACGGUGCUGGCUGCCACACCAACUUCAGCACCAAGAGCAUGAGGGAAGAAGGAGGUCUCAAGCACAUCGAGGAGGCCAUCGAGAAGCUGAGCAAGCGCCACCAGUACCACAUCCGCGCCUACGACCCCAAGGGGGGGCUGGACAAUGCCCGGCGCCUGACGGGCUUCCACGAGACGUCCAACAUCAACGAGUUCUCGGCCGGCGUGGCCAACCGCGGCGCCAGCAUCCGCAUCCCGCGCAACGUGGGCCACGAGAAGAAGGGCUACUUCGAGGACCGCCGGCCCUCGGCCAACUGCGACCCCUACGCCGUGACGGAGGCGCUGGUGCGCACGUGUCUGCUCAACGAAACCGGCGACGAGCCCUUCGAGUACAAGAACUGAGCCAGAGCGCGCCCGCAGGCACCGCCUGCCUCCCCCCGCCCCUCAGCUCCCCUUCUAGAUGUAACCCCCAGGGUACAAGAUAACAUGUUCCGUGUCUCAGUAACUCUCGUUGUCUUGAGGUGGGGAGGAGGGCAGGUUUAGUUUUACCCGUGUCUGUUUGUCGUUGACUCUUCAGAAGACAGGAGGAGGACGGGGUGUUAGAGAACUUUUAACCACUGUUUUUAUUUUUUUUUGUCUAAUUCAUGUGUACAUCCGAUGGGAUCCAGUGGCUUCCAGGGACAGACUGCACACGCAGAAAGCCUGUAGGAGAGGAGAAGGCUUAAAGCAGAGCCAGAUUUUGGGGGGCCAGCC